AUGAAGAAUGAAUGGAAUAACAUGCGAGAUAAACUAGUUGAAAAGCAAGAAAGUGGUGAAUUAGCACACGAUAUCGAAAUUCCAGAAGUGUCUUCUAUUAAUAAUUGGAUAGCAAGAUUCACUGCAAAGUCCAAAAAGAACUUGUCUGAACAAGCUAUAGCUAGUUUUUAG